AACAACUAAAUCCUACUUGGUUUAUAAAUGAAAUUGAUACAUCUUAUUUUCAUGUGUAGGUUUUCUGUCGGAUCUGCAGCAACUCGAGUGAUCAUGAAUUCCUUUAAACAACGGAUACACCCUGCGAGUGUCAUGUGGAAGACUAUUCCAAAAGAAACUAAGGACUUUUACUGGGAGGAGUUUAAGAAAAUAUAUUACUGGACUGCUGCUGAAGAACCAGGGGUAAAGGGUUGCUGGCAAGCAAAGGCUGCUGGACGAUACAAGGACAUGAUAUCUGAUUUCAAGGCGAAGAGAAAAAGGCCCCAAUAUGUUAGUGAAGAAGCAUGGGCUCGAUUUGAGCAGCAUUGGGAGGACCCCUCUGUCAUUCGACGAUCUGAGACUAAUUCGAGAAACCAUCAUGGUGCUGUAGAUGGUCUAGGGUCGUCCACCCACACAGGUCGAUCUAUAUCAUUUCAAGAAUGGUCAGAUAGAAUGGUAAACUUUUCAUAAAUAGAUAUUAGAUAUUUAAUUUUAUCUAAAUUUAAAUUUAUUUUCCUAUAUACAUAUUUAGUUCAUUAAUUAUUAUGUAAUAAGCAAAUAUGAUUAUUGUUGAUAGAAUUGUCGCUGAAUAAUUGUUUGGAUUGAUUUGAGAUUGAGUUAUUAUAUAUUUGUUGAUUUCUGACA